CAGGUGGCUGUUGUAGUAGCUGAGGGGACUGGCUGCUUUCAGGCGGCUCCCCUCAGCUUCUGAGGGGAUGCCCAGCCCCAUUGUAGGAACGUGGCAUGCCAAUGGUUUCUAUGGCAACUUCAGAAGCAGAUGCCGGAGUGAUUUCACCCAAGAGUAUCGUCAAGCAGCCCGGCCACCACCUCCUGACCGCUUCCUGCAGAGAAUGAGGGAAACCCCUUCCAAGCACAUAUUCUCCAAGCACGACAACAGACAUGCCUUCCCAGGAUCAGCGCUAUGCUUUGAGAACGGCUUGGGACGGCGGAGGAUAGAGGGGAGCCUGCCCAGCACCCAGAACCUGAUAUCCUGGAUCCCCCUGAAGGAGGAGCUACAACGCGAGAGGCCCCUCGUCUCAAGCUACCAGUCUGACUUCCGCUCCAGAGACAAAGUCCACCAGAUGUUAGUCCCUCGCAACCAAGGACGAGGGCAGCCUCUCUACCGCACACCCAGUACCACCUACCAGCACACGUACCGGAGCUACUGCUUGCGUGAUCCCAUCCUCGGGGUGUUAAAAGAGCAGGAAGUGGCCAAAGACCCCGGACCUGACACUCCUGCCCCUCCCACCUCGAGUGAGCCCACCGCCCCCACUUCGAGUGAACCCACCACCGACGAUGCCAGGAGAAGUCCAAAAAGUCUUGCGCCAGGAACCUUUUACAGGCGCUGUGCACUCCACAGGCCAGCGCGGCUGACUGUGUCCGACUGUUUGCGCUGGUACAACUGUGGAGAAAGCAUCUGAUCUCACUUCCGCCUUGGGAUAACCUAAAUGCUCCCUUGUAGGAAAAAAAACCCCAAAUAAUAAAACC